GUACCGUAGCUUGGCUGGGAAGAGCGCAGGCUGUCCGGCCAGUUUCGCAGUUUUUCCUCGCUUCCCUCUGGACGACAACCUCUUUCAAACGGACGGACCCGCAUCUUUGGCGUGUGACUGCGGCUGCGUGAAGACAUGGCUAGUGUGGCUCUCCACCGCAGUGUCAUAGUUACUCCUGUAACGAGGCUCUCCAGUGGAAAACAGGUGGUCGAGAGGCAUUAGAUGGUGUAUGGGACUAACACGCUGGUUCUACAAACAAAGGGCGGCUCAGACACACAGACACCUCUGAUGCCUCUGGCCAGUUGGAGCUCAUGGUGUGCGCUUGCUGGAAUACACUAGUCGCCUGGCCAGAGAGCACAGUGUUGCUACACACAAUAAAGCCCACACAGGAUGUCAUGGACCAGAGGCCUCUUUGUGGGCAGAGUGGACGAGCGAAAGACAGCAUGGGGGGAGCGCAAUGGAAAAAAGAGGAAAGACAGCUCGUCGCUGUGCAACCCACGGUAUAUGAGCUGCUUGAAGGAUCCGGAGGACCUUGAGCCUCAUAAUGCGGCUCCUCAGCAUUAUCAUUGCGGAGCUGGUGCCAGUGGGGGCAGCUUUGGCUUACGCUGUGGCUGGCAAGAGGACCACUAUGGGAGAAGGAUGGGGGAUCGUGGGGAUCUGGGUCCUAAGGCUGUGGACCUGGGGUUUGAAGAUGGGGAGCUGAAGGGCAGGAAAGAGGAGGAAUUAGGGGAAUUAGCAGAGGGCAGCUACAAGACGAUGACUGCAGCAGACUGCUGGAUGCGAGUGAUGUGGGUUUUCCGGUCCAAGAAAUUUCAGUCUGCCAAGCUGGAGCGUCUGUACCAGCGCUACUUCUUCAGGCUCAACCAGAGCUCUCUGACCAUGCUGAUGGGGGUGUUGGUGGUGGUGUGUGGGGUCAUGCUGGCCUUCCACUGCAUUCACACUACCCCUGACGUAGCCUACAUCUCAGUACUCUCUGUGGCCAUGGCUCUCUUUCUCGCCAUGAUGGUGGUGUGCAACCGCAACGGGUUCCACCAGGACUACAUGUGGAUUGUGAGCUAUCUGGUGAUCGGGGUGCUGAUUGUAGUGCAGGUUUUUGGGUUGCUGAUGGUGUAUCCCCGGAGCGCCUCAGAGGGUAUCUGGUGGACCGUCUUCUUCGUCUACAUUAUCUACACACUGCUGCCAGUCAGAAUGAGAGCUGCUGUGCUUAGUGGAGCCGUGCUGUCCAGCGUACACCUAUUCACCGCCUGGCAGCUCAACCAACAGGACAAGUUCAUUUCCAAGCAGAUCUAUGCCAACGUGCUGAUCUUCCUGUGCACUAACAUGAUCGGGAUCUGUACCCACUACCCUGCUGAGGUCUCCCAGAGACAAGCCUUCCAGGAAACGAGAGGAUACAUCCAGGCCAGACUACACCUGCAGAGGGAGAACCAGCAGCAGGAACGCCUACUGCUGUCAGUGCUGCCAAGGCAUGUUGCUAUGGAGAUGAAGGCCGAUAUCAAUGCCAAGAAGGAAGAUAUGAUGUUCCACAAGAUCUAUAUUCAAAAACAUGACAAUGUUAGCAUACUGUUUGCAGACAUCGAGGGCUUCACCAGCCUGGCAUCUCAGUGCACGGCCCAGGAGUUGGUCAUGACUCUGAACGAGCUGUUCGCUCGCUUUGACAAGCUGGCCUCGGAGAACCACUGCCUGCGUAUUAAAAUCCUCGGGGACUGUUACUACUGUGUGUCAGGGCUGCCUGAGCCCCGAGCUGACCACGCCCACUGCUGUGUGGAGAUGGGAGUCGACAUGAUUGAAGCCAUCUCGCUGGUGAGAGAAGUGACGGGCGUUAAUGUAAACAUGCGGGUGGGCAUCCACAGCGGGCGCGUUCAUUGUGGGGUGCUGGGCCUGCGCAAGUGGCAGUUUGAUGUCUGGUCCAAUGAUGUGACGCUUGCCAACCAAAUGGAAGCUGGAGGAAAGGCUGGGCGCAUCCACAUUACCAAAGCCACAUUGCAGUAUCUGAAUGGGGACUACGAGGUGGAGCCAGGAUUUGGAGGAGAGAGAAAUGCUUACUUGAAAGAGCACAACAUUGAAACCUUCUUGGUGCUGGGCUGCAGCCAGAAGAGGAAAGAGGAAAAGGCCAUGAUCGCCAAGAUGCAGCGAGCACGUGCAAAUUCUGCGGAGGGACUGAUGCCACGCUGGGUGCCUGACAGAUCUUUCUCCAGAACCAAGGAGUCCAAAGUCUUCAGGCAGAUGGGCAUCGAUGAAGCAUCCAGCAAAGACAACCGCUGUACUCAGGAGGCCCUGAACCCCGAGGAUGAGGUGGACGAGUUUCUUGGACGAGCCAUUGAUGCACGAAGCAUCGACCAACUGAGGAAGGAUCACGUCAAGAAAUUUCUGCUCACUUUUCAGACUGCAGAGCUUGAGAAAAAGUACUCCAAAAAGGUUGACGAUCGUUUUGGGGGAUAUGUGGCCUGCACACUCCUAGUUUUCUGUUUCAUCUGUUUCAUUCAGAUUAUCAUUUUCCCAAAAACAACACUUAUGCUUGGGCUUUAUACAAGUAUCUUCAUCAUCCUUGCCACCAUCCUCUUCAUCUGUGCCAUCUACUCUUGCAUCAAACUCUUCCCAGCUGCCUUGCAAACUGUAACCAAGAAAAUAGUCCAGUCUCAUGCAAACAGCACACUAGUGGGCAUCUUCACCAUCCUCCUCCUCUUCAUCUCUUCUUUUGCAAAUAUGUUCACUUGCAGCAGAGAGAAACUGCAGGACUGUUUGGCCAAAGAGCUGAACACAUCAGUGACUCUUUGCCUCCUUCACAAUCUGACCAAGGCAGCAAAGGAUGGUUUAACUCUGUGUUCCAGCCAGGCCAUGCCCUGCCAUUUCCCUGAGUAUUUCAGCUACAGUGUGCUGCUGACCCUGCUGGCCUGCUCUGUGUUUCUCCACAUCAGCAGCAUAGGGAAGCUGGCUCUGAUGCUGUUCAUCCAGCUCACUUUCCUCCUGCUGGUAGAGUGGCCUCAUGUAGCCCUCUUUGACAACGCAGACCUGCUGGUCAUUGCCAACACCCUGAAAUUAUCACCUGUUAAUGAGUCACUACUACAGCCUGGUUUCAAUGAAACUGCAGAACAGUGGUCAGCAGCUUUUACUUGUUAUCCAUGUUUUAGUAUGUGCUUAAUUUCAUACAUUAUUUUACUGCCAUUGAUGGUUUUUGUUUUGGCUCUCUACUUACACGGCCAGCAGAUGGAAUCCACUGCACGCCUGGACUUCCUCUGGAAGCUUCAGGCCACAGAGGAGAAGGAGGAUAUGGAGAAGCUGCAGGCAUACAACCGCCGCCUACUCCACAACAUCCUGCCCAAGGAUGUAGCUGCCCACUUUCUGGCACGGGAGCGUCGGAAUGAUGAGUUGUACUACCAGUCCUGUGAGUGUGUCGCUGUCAUGUUCGCCUCCAUCAGCAACUUUUCAGAAUUUUAUGUAGAGCUCGAGGCUAACAACGAGGGAGUGGAGUGUCUCAGGCUGCUCAACGAGAUCAUUGCUGAUUUUGAUGAGAUCAUUAGUGAAGAGAGGUUCCGUCAACUGGAGAAAAUCAAAACCAUUGGCUCAACCUACAUGGCAGCCUCCGGCCUCAAUGAUUCCACGUAUGACAAAGAGGGCCGUUCACACAUCCUGGCUUUGGCUGACUAUGCCAUGAGGCUUAGAGAGCAGAUGAAAUAUAUCAACGAACACUCCUUCAACAACUUCCAGAUGAAGAUAGGGUUGAAUAUGGGCCCCGUGGUAGCAGGGGUGAUCGGAGCCAGGAAACCCCAGUAUGAUAUAUGGGGGAACACAGUGAAUGUGGCCAGCCGUAUGGACAGCACAGGAGUACCAGACUACAUCCAGGUGACCACAGACUUGUACCAUGUGCUGGUCAACAACGGAUACCAGCUGGACUGUCGAGGUGUUGUCAAGGUGAAGGGAAAGGGGGAGAUGACCACUUACUUCCUCACCCGCGGCCCCCCUGGCACUUAAUAACAGACUGGCUGACCGCAAAGGGACUCCCAAGACUGCAUAGAGACUGAAUGGUCAGCUUGGCACUGAGCACCAAAGCAUGGUACAAAUACACUGGGCACAGGAAAUGACUAACAGAGACGGGCUCGGCCGGGCUGUAUGUCGUCACAUACUCAGAUGCACACAUGUAGGGGGUUUGAAGGAUUUUACCCAAGCUGCUCGAGAGAUCACAAAGCCCAGUUGCCUUAGGAUGGAAGUGUCUGUGCUUGUGUUUAUAAGCAAUAGUACAAGUAUUUCAUCUGGAGUCGUUAUUUAUUUUCUGGCAGAUGGAUUUUUGUGAUGACCUUGUACAAAUAAGAAUAUAUAUAUAUACAACAAAACAAACCUAUGUUACUUAAAGAAAAUAUGCAAGGACAAGAUGAAGGAUAAACAUGACCAAAGAACAAAUGUUUAAUAUGAACCACACGCUUAUGAUUCUGUUCAAAAGUACAGCAGGCUUAUGUAGUUUAUUCAUCUUUUGACAGCAAGGGCCAUCACUGUCAUUGAACACUUGUUUUGUGGUGAGCUGUUUCAUGAAAGAGAACACGCACGCACACAUACACAGAUAGAAAACUUUCACUACAACCUUGGCUUGGAAUUCUGUUUUUUUAUUUUUUUUUAUUUGUGCGUUCCAGCCUGUGAUGGGCUGCGGCCUGGACAGGAGCUGUUUGUGGUUCAAUGAGAUGGGUGAUUGAUUACUCGCUCCCUGCAGUGUAUUUUUGGCUCAAGCCAACAACAAGAUGAAACAAAGGAAGAACAGUUGUGUUAGCACCAUGGUACUGAGGAGAGAUUGUUAACUCUAAUGAAGUGUUUUAUAUAAGUGUGUGUGUGAGUACAGUAUGUAUGGGUAUUUGACUGUGGGUGUGAGCACAUGUAACUGAAUGCUGAUUGUUAUCCAUAAAGGUGCAUACUGUAACUUUUCACUGUGAGGUUUUUAUGAUACUGUAUGACAGUGCUUUCUUAGAAAACUGGUUGCUGCAAGGCAUGUUUUAUAUUCUUUGGGGUUGUCCGUUCUUAAUUUCUUGUGUUACAAUGAUCAUUUGAAGAGAAAUAUAUCUACAAUACUGCGCCUUUUACUGGACUGUGAUUUUUUUUUUGACUGAUUUCAUUCCGACCUGUAUAUUUUGGAUUGUGUUACAGACUGGUUUCCUGAUAGCUUCAGGAUUAACUGUAUUUAUCAGCUCACAAGUAUUGCCUUGACAUUAUGCAGUUCCAAGGUCAGCUCACUUCAUAGACCAAUAUUCAUAACUUUGCAUAACUUUAUAUCUGACACCACUAAAUUGGUUGUAUUUGGCACAUGGAGGCUUGAGUCUCCCUAUAAUUAGCUGUUCAAAACAAUAAUCAUAUGAAUGUAUGUAAUAAGGAAUACGUUUGUCCACAAUGGGACUGAUACUGACAAAAACCACUCCUUAAUUUGACUUUGGUACUGAAGGGGGAGCCAAAUUACUUUACUAGAGGUCAGAAUCAUUGGAGUCCACUUUUAGUGCAAAGUGAAGGGACUACUUCUACAUGAGCUUUAGUGCUUAUAUGCUAAUUUUUCUGUCUGAGCCUAAAAAUGUUGCCUUUAUAGGCUACAAAAUAAUCCGUAUUUUCGCUUGUCCCUGUCUGCCCCUAAAAUGAAACAUUAAUUAAGCACUGUUGCAUUUUCUUGAGUUUAAGUAAUAGUGCAAUGAUUGAUUUUAUGAUUUUCCCCUCCCAUAAGAAAUUAAUAAAUGGCUGCUUUUGCAUUGUUUGUCUUUGUUUUGUUUGUUUUUUGUUGAUUAUCUUUCUCUAUAGUAGCUAAAGAGAGUAAAUUU